GUCCCCUCUGAACCUGACAGCCCGUUAGCUUAGUUUAGCUGCCGCUACUCACCGGCGAUGAUACAGCAAACAAGGACUUGAUAGGGCUUACGGAGUUGUGCAUAAGCCUCCUUUUUGACUCCCAAAAUACAGGCAGCAUUUAGACAUCAUUGUUCGCUGAUCGCGGGUGGAAUGUAAAUAUUCGGCAAGUUUUUUUUUUUUUUUGCGUGGGGUAGAAGAGGACGUCCGCGAGAGGAAUGAAGUCUGCGACUGAUUUCAUGCGACAUAGGUUGGACAGCUCGUUGACCACCUGACUGCAGCCAAACUCUUCACAGCUAAAUCUUCGUGCUUGCUUUUGGCUGUACCAUAUGUGAUGGGAAACCUUUGCAAUAAGGUACCAUAACUCCCGAAGGAGUGAAGCGAAUCAUUUCUGCUUAUCUACCAGCGCUUUAAGCUAACCAGUUGCUAGCAGAAUUUCGAAUUAAUUAUUUCUGAUAUGUGAUUAUGUUGUUUUUGUAAGGUGGAUUAUUCUGUGCAGUAGUUUCUGAGUCAGCACACUGAUUGGAAGGACAAAUAUUCUGACUUCUACCGAUGGGGCUUGAGCAUCGCGAUCGAGCUAGCAUUAUAGCUGUGCGUUAGCUAGCAGGUCGAGUCAAAAGCCCAACCGCCUAUUUCUAAGGACCCCCAAAAUCAGAACCCUCCUGGUGGCAGGGAUGCACCACCAGGACUUUUGUGGAGACCCACCUAGUGCUGGUAGCAGGAAAACGGUGUUUCAUUACCGCAGGGGCAGCGGCGGAGGGGCGCCUGCUUUGUCCACUGGCGCUGGAGUUAAUGCACUUGAAGAAUGUUCGGCACCAGCUGGAGCCUCCUCUCCGGGACCCCAUCAACAGCCCGCAUCCCAAAUGCCUGGAGCUCAGGUGAAGAAGAAGAGUGGCUUCCAGAUAACAAGCGUCACCUCUGCUCAGAUUAACAUAAGUGGCAGUAACAGUUUGGCUGAUGACACCGAAAGCUAUGAUGACCUGGAUGAGUCGCACACUGAGGACCUCUCUUCCUCUGAUAUGCUGGAUGCUUCAGUGUCCCGAGCCACAGACACGGGUGUGCCAGAGCGAAGUUCCUCGGACGAGACAUUAAACAGCCUCCAUGGGGUGGACACGCCUGGCCUUGUGUCACCCAAUGAGCCUCCGUAUCCACAUUCCAGCCAGGGAGCUCAGAAGCAUACCGCAAUGGUAAAUGGGAAUGUACACCAUCAUUAUUAUCCGCAGCAGCACAGUCUGCCCCAUCAGCAUCACGCUGAUAACUUGCCAGGAGGUGAAUCAUCAGCCCUUCCCCUAGCAUCGUUGUCUAGCUCCAGCCAGCCGCUUUCCAAAACGGGGGCUACCCCAUCCCAGAAGCCACCUGUGUUGGAGAGCACCAAACCUAUAGGGGGAACAGCACAACCAUCCGCUCCUAUUGUUGGUAGGACGGCCGGUGACGCACACCUACAGGGUACUGGGAAUUUUCAGAGUGUCUCCUCUGUAACUCCAGUUCAGCCACCUGGGCAGCCAGGUUUUGACAACACUGGUGGGAUUGGACCAACAGUUUCCACUGGUGGAGUAACAGGUCAGUCAACCACCGCCUCCAGCACUCAAACGCAGACGACUACCAGCUCUCGUUUCAGAGUGGUCAAACUGGACACCAACUCUGAGCCAUUCCGCAAAGGAAGAUGGACUUGUACAGAGUAUUACGAGAAGGAGAUUCCACCUGCAGCAAUCUCGGAGGCACCUAAAGCUGCGGAGUCUUCUGCGGAGACUGAGCCCGGUAAUGCUGGAGUAAGUUCAAUUCUUUCAGCUGUCCAGCAACCUCACACACUGCAGCCUUAUCAGCUGUCAAACCAAGAGUACACCGGUCCUCAUACAAUGCAGAGCCCGCCACAAGCUCCGGCCCAAACCAAUCCCUUCAACUAUAUGUCACCCCAGGAAGUAGUUGGUGCAGCUCACACUAAGAUGCUAGGGGCUCCUGGUACUCUCCCUGCAAGUCCACCACAAGUUGGUAUGAACCAGCCCCCCUCCCGCAUGGCCCAUCAUUUACCCUAUGCCGUGGACCAGCAGCAGGCUCAAGGCCCGGGAAGUUAUAUCGCACCUCAGCUCAGUGGUCUGCAACCAGACUUUAUCCAACCCACUGCUCCGUUCCAAACCCAGGUCCAGCCUCCACUAACACACUUGAGCUUAUCCAUAUCACCAGGGUCAGCAGUCACAGCAAAGCCACUAGGCAGCCUGGCUCAGCAGUCACCUCAUCAUGGUCAUGUGGCUCCAUCUGCUGUAGAAACUUCUGCUGUGGGCCAACCGACAUCUAUGGCCUCCACCUCUACGGUACCACCAGUGCAAGGGGCCCCUUACAUGCCUCUGACUGCACUUCAAGCUGACCUACAGCCACUUCUCACCCCAGGCACAGCCCUCUAUGCAGCCCCUCUGGCAGGAGGGAGCUCCCUAAAAGCAUCCCAACUGGAAGAUGCACAAAAGCUUCUGUUUCAGCACCAGCGCCUCCUGGGACUGCCCAGGCUGGGUGCCGCUGGAGGUGGAGUGAUGGCUGCGGAUGCCGGCAUCACUGCUAGAAGCCUGGCCCACAUGGGGAUGUCAGUGGAGGCCAGCGCCCUUGUAGCUGCUGCUGCUGGCUUGAGGACUCCGCAUGCUGAAGGAGAAGAGGACAGCUCUUCGGGUGCAAGUGUCGUGGCCAUUGACAACAAGAUUGAGCAAGCAAUGGACCUGGUGAAGAGUCACCUGAUGUACGCUGUACGCGAGGAGGUGGAGGUGCUCAAGGAGCAAAUCAAGGAACUGAUGGAGCGCAACACUCAACUGGAGCAAGAGAACAACCUGCUCAAGAACCUGGCCAGCCCCGAGCAGAUGGCUCAGUUCCAGGCCCAGGUCCAAACUAGCAGCUCCCCCACCGGCGCUGCCCAGCAGCCUCAGGUCCCGGGCUCGGUUGGAACCGCGCAAGCACUCCCCUCUGCACAGAACUCGGGCUCGUCCGCGUAAAGAGGAAAGAUCCGUAAGAUCUGUGAGCCCCCAACCAACUAUGCCACCUUCUCGAGGAACUCCCGCAAGUGUUUUGUUGCGCAUUUAAUUUAUUCUGCCUUGUCUCGCAACUUUUACCUGCUCAGACAAUCACAUCAAGCAGACAUGAACUGAAACCCGCAAGCAGGCAUUGGCGUCAAAUCCCUCCUUGUGUGACCUGUGGAGCGUGUGCCAAUGUCAGCCCACCACCUCAACCCAGCACACACAUUCCAUUUUUCUUUUCUCCACAUGCACAUGUUGCUGCUAAAGAUAGAUGAAAUUUAUCAGAGGACUUGCGUGCGCCCCCCCAUCUGGAAUGGGAACCAGUCAUUUCCAGUCUUGAUGGUCUGGGUUGAGGCGGUUUUAAGAGAAAAGAUGAACUGUGUUAAUUGGCACCUCACUUUUCACUUGUAGGGUUCGGUGUUCUUCUCGCGUGUUACGUUGCUGUUCCCACCCUCGACGCACCCUCCCCUAUUGGAAGAGUUGAAUAUUCAUGCAGGGAAUCAAUGUUGUUUUUAUAGGGUAAAGUGGGGAGGGUUUAGGAUUUCUUUUCUUUGUUUGCUCUUGUGGAUGUAAUUUAAUGUCCUAGUGAUGUGUACAAGAUAAAUAAUGGAGACGAAUAGGAUACGACUGUAGGUUUGUACAUAUUAAAACAUUUCCAAUUCUGCAAAGUGCCUGGUUUUUAACCAUAGAUACAUAUAUAAUCUCUCUUCAGUUAUUUUAUUCAUGUAAAUAUAUUUGUAAAUGUAUAUAUCUAUCUAUGGUUUGCCAGGCUGUGAAGUACCUGUGAUGUCAGCACGGGAACAGAUGAGGAUCAUUUACUUCCACGCUGAACACUGUCUCUCCUGCGGUGACUAUCGUCACUUUGCUCAGUCAAAACGAUACCGACUGUUUCUUUUCUGGGAUGUUGGUCACUUAAAUUGUUUUGUUGAAGUGAAUGAGGACGCUUUACUUUUUUUUUUUGUGAUUUUGUGCAGCCAAGCGUUUGUGUUGCUGCUAGGACACUCAAAAGGACACAUAGGCGCACACACUUGGAAAAUGGAGGAAUGCCUCGCAGAAAAUAUGUCAAUCUUUUGUGCAUGUUCCUCAGCCCAUCACAAAUGUGACGUUACAAUUUGCACUAGACAGUUGCACCUCAAAUAAAAGUCAAAACAAAGAAACAAA